ACGUGCCGCACCAUUCAAUAUAAAAUGACUUGCGCGUUUGUAACAAAUCGUUUUCUAGUAUUCGCUUGAUAGUGACGUAGUAUUUAACACGUGUUUUUUGCUUUAAAAGAUAGCGAUAAGCGGAGUUAAUAUUUUUUUUUAUUUUUUAAGUAGGAAAAUUGAUAAACGCGUUAACAGUACCCAAUUUGUGUUGUAAAAAGUUCUUACAUAAACAAUUUUUGACCCUGCAGCAUCGUUUAAAUCGCUCUUUGGACGUAAAGGUAAUCGCAAUAAAAUAAUCAGAUAACGUACUUCCGGAUAAAGUAGAUAGGAGUAUUUGAUAAACACCUAUACGCAUAUGCUUAAAAUAUCACUGAAUAUUGAAUGGUGAACAGAAACUGAAGAAAUGGAGGGGUCAAACGGCGUGCCGCAUUUAAAACUAUCGGUCGAUGAAAAUAGGCUGACAGAAGGCGCGCGAAAAAUUAUAGAAGAAAUAAGGCCUUUUUGGAAUUUGGAAAACGUACAAUUUGAUGUAUUAACAAAUGGCUACACCAAUAAAUUAAUACGAUGUCGCGAAGAAAACGGUCCCCCUCAUGAAGCUGUACUUGUACGUGUUUAUGGAAAUAAAACUGAGUUAAUGAUAGACAGAAAUGCGGAAAAGAGAACCAUUCUGAUAUUAAACAACUUAGGAUUACCACCGCGCCUGUAUGCAAGCUUCGAGAAUGGUCUAGCUUAUGAGUAUAUACCUGGUAGAACAUUAAAUUGCAAUACGAUUAGGCAACCUGAAAUUUACAAACUAAUUGCAACACAUCUAGCUUACAUGCAUAAGGUACAAUUACCUAAUGAUCUUGCAAAAAAACCUAUGCUAUGGGAAAAAUUAGAAGAUUUCUUCAACAUGUUACCAGAGACCUUUUCGGACAGUGCAAAACAUGAGAGGUACAACGCUACUAUAAUGCCACGUUGUAAAAUGCAAGAUGAAAUUAACAUGCUCAAAAAGAAAUUAAUAAAACUCAACAGCCCACUCGUUUUCACCCACAACGACUUGCUACUUAAUAACAUUAUUUAUUCUCAAGAGAAAGGAAGUGUCGAAUUUAUAGAUUUUGAAUACUCAGGAGUAAAUUACCAAGCCUUUGACGUUGGAAAUCAUUUUAAUGAAUUCGUCGGUUUCGAAAAUAUCGAUUAUUCGAAUUACCCGGAUAAGGAGUUGCAAUGGAACUGGCUGCGAGCGUACUUAUCCGAAUUACACAACUCUGAAGAGAUUUCUGAUAGGGAUAUUCACAAAUUGUAUGUACAGGCGAACAAAUUCGCACUGGCGUCGCACAUGUUUUGGGGUGUUUGGGCUCUCUUACAAGCCGAAUAUUCGACUAUAGAUUUUGAUUUUAUGGGAUAUGCGGCGAUCAGACUGAAUGAGUACGCGGCAAAAAAGGAGGCCUUUUUGGCUUUAAAUUAUCUCAGUUAAUGAACGGUUUAUCACAUUCAUUGAAAUAGAUCUGAUUCCAUUUUUUACAUUGCAAUACGAAAGCUAUAUUAUCCGAAAAUGAUUGGUAAAUUAUGAAAAAUUACAAGAGAAAACUUUCUAAA